AGCGAGCCUAGCUUAGAAGUCCACUCAUCUGGUAGACCGAGGAUUGCUGCACUCACACCCACUCGUCUGGCUGUGCUUUAACCAAUCAGCUGAUUUCAUCUCAGCUUCACUUCUGAGAAACCCCACAACUUAAUCACACACAUCCUUUCUAACUGCUCAAAAUGAAUCUUGAGCCACCCAAAGCUGAAAUCAAGUCAGCUACCCGUGUAACUGGAGGCCCCGCUACGCCACGUAAGGGCCCACCCAAGUUCAAGCAGAGGCAGACCCGUCAGUUCAAGAGCAAGCCACCGAAGAAAGGAGUUCAGGGCUUUGGAGAUGACAUCCCUGGCAUGGAGGGCUUGGGCACAGAUAUUACUGUCAUCUGCCCCUGGGAGGCCUUCAAUCACCUGGAGCUGCACGAGCUGGCCCAGUACGGUAUCAUCUGAGCCUUCCUAUUAUGGGCUGUGUACUUCCAACCACCUGCCUCAGGUCUCAUCCCAAACUUUUAAACGGAACUGUUCUAAACACAAAAAAACAAAAUAACGAACUGUAACAAACAUAAAAAAUGGAAAAAGAGAAAAAAGUGACCAAAAAAAGUCUGUUUUCCGACUUUGGACUCUUCUCCUGGCUCCAGCUCUUGCACAUCUGCUUGUUUAGGAUCUGUUUGAUUCUCAUGACUUAACUCUGUAGAUCUGCUCCGUUAUUCUGCCACCAACAAAAAGAGAAAUCUGCUCCUGCUCUUUCGCGUUCUCUUCUCUCUCUUCUUCUCUAUCCUCAACACGGACCAAAACAAGAAACCUACGCAAGCAAGGCAGCCUCACAGUGAGUUUAAGUGAAAGACCCGUGAAGCAGGUGGGCUCCAGUUUCACGUGCCUCGGCACCUCGUUCUCCAUCAUAGAGGCUUCUUCCACCGGUGCCGAAUGUAUAAAAUCCUGAACCUGAAUUCUGCAGAGAGCCGACACCAGCUUGCCAUUGCUAAGGAAAAACAAUAAUCAGAUCCCCCAUAGUGCAGUUCGCACGGCCACAGUUCAUUGCAAAAUAAAAAUGUCCUGUACUGUACAAAUUAAGACUAAAUCAGCCCAAAAACUGGAAUUGUAUCACAACUUACAAUCGUACUAGUCCCUGAUCACGCUACCUCCACCCUUGUCUUUGCUCAUGAUUCCAGUAGCACCCCUCUAAUUUGUACAUCUCCCUUGUAUAAUGUUAAUCUAUAUGUAUUAUAUUGUCAUUGCAUACAUAUUUCUUCUACUUUCACAUGAGAGUGUGGUGUCCUGUGAGUUUGUAUUUGGUGUUUUUUAAGCUCAUUAUUGUAGCUCCUGUUUGUUUGUCCUACCUACACUGGGACAUUUUGCAUUUGUGAAUGUUGCCCUUCAUCUUCUGUGCAUCAUUUCUCUAUGAUUCAUCUCCAAAUCCUCUUUAUCGUUCUCAUCCCACUGAGAUCUGCAAUCAUUCCACUGCAGCAGAGAAUAUGAGUAUCAAUGAAAGAGUUUGUGGACACAAAGUGGAAGUGAAAGAAGGCAGAGGGAUCCGUGAGAUUAAUACUAACAAAAAAAACGUCUAAUGAGAUGUGUAAUGGAGCUUUUUCCUCUCUACAGGACGAUGGAACAAAAAAAUAAAGAAAAAAGGGUAAAAUAAA